AUGGCGUCAUCAGGACGCUCUGGCUCCUCGUCGUCUUUCAACUCGUCUCGAGGUGUACCGCCGUCCUACACGCAGCACAGCAGCCCGGUUAAUUCAACUUUCACGCCAGUCUCGGCCGUCUCGGGUCAGACGGUCGAGUCCUCGGCCCCGCAAACCCCCCUCGGGCCGCUCGACCUUGGUCCACCCGGUUUCCAUGCCACCAUAAAGCUCUAUGAACGCACGCCGAACGAAACAACCGUCUAUCUCGGCCCCUGGGAGCUUGUCAGCAAUGGCACCGAACCCCGACGAGUCGUCUGGCAAUGCUCCUACGCUGGCGAGGUACUGGAACAUUUCUUGCCGUCUGACAGCCCUGACGAGCUCUUUCCUUAUACGCUGCAUGCUAAUCACCGACGCUUCGGGGACCCCCGAGAAAUGGAGCUCUAUCUCACCUUCCUAGAGCCCCAUCGCAUCCGAUACACCACAGUAGACGGCGUGGUGCAUGACGAGUUCAUCGAGGUCAAGUACGAGUUCACCACGGUCGAGGGAUCGAUCCAGCUGCAGAGCGACAUCAGGCAAAGGGACUUGGUCGACUGGUUUGACGUCGAUGUGGUCUGGUCGGAUGCCCAUCGGAGAACAGACGCGUACGGAAGCGUGAGGGGCCUGGGGACGAUCCAGAGGAUGAAACUAUGGAGAGACAGGCAUUCGACCUUCCACUACCUGACAUUCUAUGCCAACCACCGGCGGCGUUGGAGAGAGUAUCUAAUCAAUGACUUCGAGAGGGACCCGCGCAGCCGUGACGACAGGCACCGCCGUCUUCAACUUGAUGCUCGCGGGGGCCGGAGAGGAAGUGGCUCGGAUAACAGCAGCCAAGGGGGCCAGAAUCGUGACCGACGCUUUUCGGCCUCGUCCAUUUUCCGACCACGACUCGUUAGUUCGUUUACGGGCGCCAGCUCAUCUUCAGCAGCGGCAUCCCAGAGCGUGCUGGAUAUCCGCUACUUGUCAAUUCAGUUUUCAAGAAACAACCAAAUGCAGCCAGGGAGCGAAGACUUUCGAAGAUUCAUGGACCAAUGGAAUAUCGCCCAUGACUCUGAUGGCGCAUUUGCUGUGCCAUACCCGAUGAACCUCGUCGAGCUGCCAUCGCCGCAGGUAAACGGGAUACCAGAACUCGCCUCAGCCCAAGUCAACGGGGUAGGAGACUUUGCGCUACCCGACGCAAGCGAUGCCAGGAGCCCAGACGAAGAUACCCCGUGA